AUGUAUAAUAGAGAACACGUAACUAAGCUACCAAAAACCAGUUCAGAAAUUAUUAGUGAAGCGAAAGCAGCUCUGAACCCACCCCUUUAUAUAAAGCCACUUACAACAAAUAGACCAUUCACCCCUCGGGAAAGGGUUUUCUUCUGUCAACGACGAACAAAUCGUCCACCAAGUGCUUUUAAGUUGCAACACGUGCAAUUGCAGGAAAAUAAAAAAACAAGUUGUACAAAACUACCAGCUCUUGAUAAUCCAAAAUAUUCUACAGCCAAUAGUUUAGAUUCUAAAAAAGAAAUUAAAAGACAAACACAUAGCAUUUCGGCAAGCACUACACGUCGACGUUCUAAUUCAGAUGUGGCUAACAACGCGAAUAUAUCCAGAAAAAAAAUUUCAUCAUUAUCUUUUCCUCUGUCAAUCGACUCGCUACUUAAGAACCAUUAUGAACAAAACGUAUACGAUCAUGAAUACAUGAGCCAUGAAAACGAAAUCAACGAAGCGAGAGCAUUAUGUUUUGAUGUCGACACUGACUGCUUAUGGAUCAUAUCAUUAAUUGAAACCAAAAUGAAAAAAAACUUUGAAACUAGCGAGAUGUGCUCACUUUUAAAUAAGCUAGCAAUGGCCAUAAAACGUGAAAACCUAUCGGUAAUACGUGACGAAAAUAAAAAAGAAACUAUAUUGAAAACCAUAUUUAAACUUGUUAACAAUUCACCAGACGAUGAUCUUACUGUUCAUAUAUUAUUAGUGUUACUUCAGAUGCAAGUGACUGGAAAAUAUUUAGCAACUGUUUGCAAACUAAUGUUCAAAAUAUCUCGUUUAGACAAAAACGAUAAUUUAUUCCUCAAAACCAACGUGUUAACCCUUUUUGUGGAUAUACUUGGCUUGGCUACUCCACGCGAAGAUGCAGAGUCAUUGAUUUACGGUUACGGAGCUUUAAAAUUUCUUACUAUGAAUCCAGAAUUAAUGGAACGUGCCAUGAAUAACGGUUGUCUAUCGCUAAUGCUGUUACAUUUAAAAAUGAUAAAUUUAGAAAGAACAGAACGGCAAGUGUUGCCGGAGACCAUCAACCACGUACUUUACCAGUUAACUGGUACUCUCAGAAAUGUAGUCAACGACAGAAAAUUGUACGUUGAACUUUUGUCUUCCGGUGGUUUGUUGACUAUAUACCGUGCUUUGGAAUUGUUUUCUGGUGAUAUUGAUGUGGUUACAAACAUUUCCAGAAUUUUAAGCAUUAUGUCCACUGAUGGGAAAUGCUGCGAAGCACUUGUGGAUUGCUGGUCAAAUGUAUCCGUAUUAAUGUCAAUAAUAGACAAAUACCCGGGGCAAGAAGAAAUUGUAGUUCGUAUUACCUAUACAUUAGGAAACAUACUGACCAAUAAUGAAAACGCUAGACACCAAUUAUACGAAACACAUUGCUCUAUGGGAACAUUUUUGAAUUUAAUGCAAUUAUACUUGGAAAAAGAUUUAAACAAUAUAUCACGUGAUGUUAAAUUCAACAUUGUUGAGGACGUGCUUAUCAAAAUAAUACGUGUCAUAGUAAAUAUGAGCAUACAACCGGAAAUUGGUGCUAAAUUAGUAAAGGCGGCAGACGAUUAUCAUCCAGUUCACAAAGUUAAAGAAUGUGAACAAUUUUUAGAUUCUUUAUUGACUAUACUUAGGCGGAAAUCUAUUGAUGAAAACGAAGAGCUUGUACUCGCUGCGUUAGCAGCUUUGAACAACUUAUCAUAUUAUGCGGACAUGUCAAAUCCGAAUCAUGGUCCUUUUGGCGCUCGUCAGUUAGAUAUAACACAAGCAUUGAGUUUGUUACUUACAACCAGAAAUCAGUUUUGCAAAGUGGAGGUAGCUAGAGUAUUUGGAAACUUAACAAGAUCAGCUGCAGUUCGAGAUUACUUAUUGGAGACUAGUGGAUUAUUGGCGGUAACCAACUGCUUGGAUAGUGGCGACAAGGAAUUACUGGUCGUAUGUUGCGGCGUAUUGGUUAAUAUGACUUCUGACGAGAACAACCGAGAAGCGUUCAAAAAUUACAACGGUGUUUCAAAAAUGGUAAACAUUCUUAGGUCGUUGGGUGAAAACAAUUGGACCUUGUCAGCGCUUAUCUGCCAAACCCUGUGGAACGUGUGUUCAGGCAGUGACCGUUUUCCUGGUGACCCUAUGGUAGUACUCGACACGCUGGUCAAACUCACAGACGAAGAACAAUUAUUUGGUGAGUUAUUGUCGUCGAACGAGGAGAAAGUGGCAGAGUACAAGCAGUGGGAAGAUUUCGCUUCAGUGGCUACGAAUCUCUUAGAGUGGUUAGAUGAACUACUAGAAGGGAGAUUUGAUAACAUAGAACAAUAA